UUUUUAUUAGCGACAAAAAUACAGGAGGAAGAGCGAGGGCGGCGCACCGGCUGCGAGGAAGACGAUCGAGAGAAAGUGUGUGCGUGCGUGUGUGUGUGGGCGGCGGCGGCGGCUGAUGGGAAGCGUGGCGAUGGACUCCGACUACGGCGUGCCGCGCGAGCUGUCCGCGCUGCAGAAGGCCCGCGCGCUCUACCGCCCCGGCCUCCCGCCCUGCCUCCAGUGCACAGCGACAACGGAUAAGAGCAAUCUGAGGGUAGAGCCGGGCACCACGGUGAGGGUGGAGUACGGCGACGCGGCUGUCGCGGCCGACGUGGCAGGCGCGCACGUCAUCAGCCACGCCUUCCCGCACACAUACGGCCAGCCGCUGGCUCAUUUCCUCAGGAAGACUUCUGUUGUGCCUGAUGCUACCGUCAUAAGAGAGCAUCCAGUCGUCAGGGUUGGUAUUGUCUUCAGUGGGAGGCAGUCCCCAGGUGGGCACAAUGUUAUAUGGGGACUCCAUGAUGCUAUAAAGGCUCACAACCCAAACAGCAAGCUUAUUGGUUUUCUUGGAGGCACUGAUGGAUUGUUUGCACAGAAAACUUUGGAAAUUACCGAUGAGGUUCUUUCCUCUUAUAAAAAUCAAGGUGGUUAUGAUAUGCUUGGACGGACAAGGGAUCAAAUCAGAACGACUGAACAAGUGAAUGCUGCAAUGACUGCUUGCCAGGACUUGAAGUUGGAUGCUCUUGUAAUAAUUGGCGGUGUUACAUCCAACACGGAUGCUGCUCAGCUUUCUGAGACUUUUGCUGAGUCAAAGUGUUCAACAAAGGUAGUUGGUGUUCCUGUAACUCUGAAUGGGGACCUUAAGAACCAGUUUGUGGAGACAACUGUUGGUUUUGAUACCAUCUGUAAGGUGAACUCACAGCUUAUAAGCAAUGUUUGCACUGAUGCUCUUUCUGCUGAGAAGUAUUACUACUUUGUUCGGCUGAUGGGGCGCAAAGCAUCUCAUGUGGCAUUGGAAUGUGCUCUUCAAUCUCAUCCAAAUAUGGUUAUACUAGGAGAGGAGGUUGCUGCAUCAAAACUCACCAUUUUUGACAUCACCAAACAGAUAUGUGACGCAGUCCAGGCAAGGGCUCAAAAAGACAAAUAUCAUGGUGUUGUACUUAUUCCUGAGGGCCUUGUUGAAAGUAUCCCUGAAUUAUAUGCUUUGCUUCAGGAAAUUCAUGGGCUACAUGGUAAAGGUGUUUCUGUUGAGAACAUCUCUUCUCAUCUUUCUCCUUGGGCUUCUGCGUUGUUUGAAUUUUUACCUCCAUUUAUUAGGAAACAGCUACUUCUUCAUCCUGAAUCCGAUGACUCUGCUCAACUUUCUCAGAUUGAAACUGAGAAACUUCUAGCCCAAUUAGUUGAAACAGAAAUGAACAAACGCCUGAAGGAAGGCACUUAUAAAGGAAAGAAGUUCAAUGCAAUUUGCCACUUUUUUGGCUACCAAGCCAGAGGUGCCCUACCCUCAAAGUUCGACUGUGAUUAUGCCUAUGUUCUCGGGCAUGUAUGCUAUCACAUCUUAGCUGCUGGCUUGAAUGGCUAUAUGGCCACUGUGACAAAUCUUAAGAGUCCUGUGAACAAGUGGAAAUGUGGCGCUGCUCCUAUUACUUCCAUGAUGACCGUAAAGCGAUGGUCGCGUGGCCCAGCUGCCAGUCAAAUUGGGAAGCCUGCUGUUCACAUGGCGAGUGUUGACCUAAAAGGAAAACCAUAUGAGUUGUUGAGACAAAACUCUUCCAAUUUCUUGAUGGAAGACAUCUACAGAAACCCUGGUCCAUUGCAGUUUGAGGGGCCUGGUGGAGAGACAAAGCCGAUUUCACUGUGUGUCGAAGAUCGAGACUACAUGGGGAGGAUCAAGCAAUUGCAGGAGUAUUUGGAGAAGGUCAAAAGUAUUGUGAAGCCUGGGUGCUCCCAGGAUGUCCUGAAAGCAGCGUUAAGUGCAAUGGCCUCUGUCACCGAGAUGCUGACCAUCAUGUCUUCCCCCUCUUUCAGUGGCCAGGCAACCAUCUGAGAGCCAGUGAAGCCAGUCAGUCAUAUUCUGGUAUCUCAUUGUUUUGAGUGUUUCUAUUUUUGGACCUCUGAAUUUUAAGUGUGAUAGAGUUGAUUGAGAAUGAUGAGAUAGAGAACGGCAAUAAUUUCUCGAACAGGUCACUGCAUUUGCAAGAGUAUUUGCUGCAUGGGUUGAGUUCAACACAUAUUGGCGGCACUAUUUAUGAAAUGUGGAGUUAGAACCUCAAAUUUCGGCGGGGGUCAAUUGCUAUCACGUGAGCUAAGAGAUUGAAUUUCGGAGUGGUCAUAGCUAUCUUCUUCUUUUUCCUUUGCGGCAGGUUGUUCAUGGGCAGCGAAUGAAUUCUGCCUAAACUCAGGAGUUCCUGGUUCCUGUGAAAUAGAAAUAGAUAAAUUUGAUGAUUUGGCACUUUCUUCGUUGACCAAUUAUUUAUGUUAAAACUUACGAGCAUGACACAUGGAACCAUCUAGAGUCAAUGAC